CAGGAAAGUUUGAUGCAUAUUUAGUGGGUAUCAAAAUGGCCAAAGGAUGACAACAUACGGCUGUCAGUUAAAGAAGAAAGUAGACAGUUCGAAGAGAAUCGCGGGAAAAUGUCUCACAUUCAGUAUGUGGACGAAUUGGUCAAAGAAUACUUGCUCUUCCGAGGUUUUAGUCAAACCUUGAAAGCUUUCGAUAACGACUUAAAAGCCGAGAAAGAAAAAGGCUUCAGGGUUGACAAAAUCGUCGAUCAAUUGAUGCAGUACGUGUAUAACCAUGACUUGGCAUCCUUGAGAGAAUUAUGGGGACAUUUGGAUACAAGAAUGUUUUCACGGUUGGAAAGUCAUUUUACACCGGCUGUGCGUAAAUUAGAGAAUGCUGUUCUGAAAAUGUAUUUGGUCAACGCAGCCGUGAACAAUAAGCAGGACAGAAUUCAAGAGUUUUUUGUCAAAAUGACGCCGGAGCUGCAAGGGCAUUCAGAGUGGAAGGAAUGGUUCGCAUUGCCGUUUGUUAAAAAUCCAGAGGACAAUCCAGCGUACUCUGCGCACUUUAGCAGACAGUGGCAGGACACUAUGUUACUGUCCCUGCACAAUUUCCUUGCUACUAUUUUCCAAUGCAUGCCAUUACCAACGCUGCUUACGAUAGACGAGGAUACGAGUAAGUUGAAACGAUUGCAGGAAGAGAACGAAUCGCUUAAGCAGCGUUUAAGCGACUCCGUUAAAAUAGAUAAUGUAAUGGACGUGAAUCCAGGACCAGCUCCUCAACAUCCGCCGAUUAUGGAUGAUUUUUAUAUAAUAGCGCAAGAAUCUCCUUUAUUAGAAAAUCCCAAAACUCUAAGGAACCUUAUAAGAAAUAUAGGCGGGGGUUCGAGUCCGAUUUUAAAUAGAAAAUCGGCCGCGAGCGUGAGAAGGGUCGCGGAACCCGAAUCCGCAUCGUCGAAGCGAACGAACACGAAGGGGAAACUGAGCUCGAUCAGUAAGUCCGAGACUGUUAGCAAAAGAAGCAUUAGCUGUGACUCGAGGUUAACUAGCUCUAGGAAAAGGGACUCGUCCAUCGACGCGGUGGCCGAACGGAAAGCUAAAGAUAAGAUCGAUUCCACUUAUAUUCUUCUCAGCCAGGAAGAGUACACGGAGCACAAAACAUCGAUAAUACAAUGUAAAAGCAAUGCAAGCGGUUCGUACGUCGCUACGGGUGAUGCGGAUGGCAUUAUCAAAGUAUGGACACCGAUACCAUCGCCAAAGACUGUUACUACAUAUAUAUCUGCCACAGCAAACUCGAAUAAAGCUAUAACAGCGUUAGACUGGAUAUCGAAAAACGAACGUUAUUUUUUACACGGUGACAAUAAUGGUUUGAUUCAAUUACACGAUACUCGCGAUUGUAAGACAUUGUGGGACAUUCAACACGAGAAUUCCCGAGUGAUCAGUCUGCUCUGCAAUCCGACGGAGUCAACGUUCAUAUGUUCCGUAUCAGACUCGAACGAAGGGAAACUUUUACUGUACGAUAUAAAGACAAGGAAACUGGAGAGGACAUUGCCAAUGGAACAAAGCGUGACUGCGCUGUGUUCUGCUUUUAAUCAUAAUGGGCAACUACUUAUUACGGGACUGUCCAAUGGGAAUAUUUUAAUACACGACUUGAGACGGAACGAGAUCAUCGAUAACAUCAGUUGCCAUUCGAGUCCGGUUAUCGACAUAGAAUUAAUUAACGAUUACACGAACAUUUGCACGCAAAGCGAAGACGGGAAAUUGUGUCAAAGGAGUUUGAACCAUUCGGGGAAGAUUUUAUGGGAGACGAAGAUUAAGGUGGAGAAAAAUACGGUCCACGGGAAAUUAUUCACCUUCGAUCAGAGCGGCAAUUACAUGUUGCUCUGCACGCAAACCGGUGGAAACAUAUACAAAAUGCCGCCUGGCGCGCAGGCUAAGGUUUUAGAAUUAGGUGGGCACAAAGGUACGCUGUGCUGUGACUGGUCCACUGCCAACCAAUCCGGGACUUGCAUAACCGGCGGCGCCGAAGGGAAAGUACGAGUAUCAACAUUGCUCUCACCAUGAUACAAGAGUAAAAUUAGUAUCUGCGUGAAUUCGUAAAACCACGUAAAGUUUAAGAUUAGCUCAAAUUUGUAGAUAUUAAACACAUAGCAUAUUUUACGUUAAGGAAAAGUUUUACAGUCAUUAUAAAUAUUAAACGAUGGGAUCCAACGGUGUCCCGUCAAAAUGAUAAUUACGCGAAGUAUCGUGAAAUUAAAGGGAAGAUCCAAGUAUUUUACGAUGAAGUACAAUGAAUACAAACGUAUCAUUAACACAAAGCCAAUUGUAUUAUAAUCUUAUCUUUAAAUUUGAAUCAGGGACUAUGAAUUGUAAAAUAUGCAGGUAACACUGUAAUUGUACUGUAAAAGAAAAAAAAAGAAAUGGAUACACACGAUAUCUACGAACGUC